GUAGAGAUACUGUAGAUCCCAACCCACUGGUCCACUUGCAUGAAAAAUGGAGUAAACAAGUAAACGUUACAGCUUUUGUCGGAGUUGUUUCCGUAGGAUGCCAGAGAGGGAAAUACGCAAAACUCGGACUUGCCUUUCAUCCAUUCCCCCCGUUUCUCUCUCUAUCUGCCUCUCUCUCCACCGUCUUUUUCGGAUCUAUAAGUCCUCUCUCUCUGUCUCUCUCUCUGAAUCUAACUUCUCUCCUCCUCCUCACUCCUCCCAUCGAGAGCUUCCCCCUGAGCUCUCGAUCCACCUUUCUUCUAUCUUCCCCCUCACUACAAACACAUUCUCGAAUCCUUCAUUCUCCUCUCUUUCUUUCACAUUUCCCCAUGUAGUUUUUCUCCCCACCAAUCCCCUUGACCCGACACCGUUUCGGGCUAAAACAAAUCACAAUUUCUACUCGCACAGAGAGAGAGAGAGAGAGAGAGAGAGAGAGAGAGAGAGAGAUCACCUUGUUGUGGAAACCAAAAAGAAAGAACAGGGAUUAAAACAGGGGCUAAUUAUUAAGGAAUUAUUGAUUUGUUUGGUGAAAAAUCAAAAUUUCUAGAGAGUGGUUGUGUGUUCAAUGGAGGUAGCGGCGCAGUUGAAGCGGGGGAUAUCCCGUCAAUUCUCGACGGGGUCCUUGCGCCUGAGCGGGAAAUUCAGCUUCAAGAGGCAGAACUCGCUCGACCCGCGGCGCAACACGCUCCGGUUCAGCUUCGGGCGCCAGUCGUCGCUUGACCCCAUCCGGCGGAGCAGCCCCGCCAACGACGAGCUGUCGGUGCCGGAGAAUCUCGACUGCACGAUGCAGCUGCUGUUCAUGGCGUGUAGGGGCGACGAGAGGGGAGUGCAGGAUUUGCUCGACGACAGCGGCAUUGACGUGAAUAGCAUCGAUUUGGAUGGGCGCACGGCUCUGCACAUUGCGGCUUGCGAAGGGCACGUGGAGGUUGUGAAGCUGUUGCUCACCCGGAAGGCUAAUAUUGAUGCCCGCGAUCGGUGGGGCAGUACGGCAGCCGCUGAUGCAAAAUACUACGGACAUGUAGAAGUUUACAAUAUUCUGAAGGCCCGUGGAGCCAAAAUUCCGAAAGUCAGAAAGACACCAAUGGUGGUUGCAAAUCCUCGAGAAGUUCCAGAGUAUGAGCUCAAUCCUCUAGAGCUUCAGGUUCGCAAGAGUGAUGGUAUUACAAAGGGGACAUAUCAAGUAGCUAAAUGGAAUGGCACAAAAGUUUCUGUAAAGAUACUUGAUAAGGACCGUUAUGCAGACCCUGAAAGCAUAAAUGCUUUCAAACAUGAGUUAACUUUGUUAGAGAAGGUCCGACAUCCUAAUGUUGUUCAAUUCGUUGGAGCUGUUACCCAAAAUAUACCUAUGAUGAUUGUUUCAGAGUAUCAUUCUAAAGGUGACCUAGGGUGCUAUCUUCAAAAGAAAGGGCGUCUGUCUCUACCUAAAGCUCUAAGAUUUGCUCUUGAUAUUUCAAGGGGCAUGAAUUAUCUUCAAGGAUGUAAACCAGACCCAAUUAUCCACUGCGAUUUAAAGCCUAAAAAUAUUUUGCUGGACUCUGGAGGUCAGUUGAAAGUAGCUGGAUUUGGUUUGAUAAAAUUGUCUAAAUUAUCAUCAGACAAGGCAAAGCUAUUGCAGUCAGAAGCUCAGAUUGACCGUUCAAGUCUGUAUUUGGCACCUGAGGUUUAUAGAGACGAAAUAUUUGACAGAAGUGUGGAUGUGUACUCAUUCGGUCUUAUUCUUUAUGAGAUGGUGGAGGGAGUCCAACCAUUUCACCCCAGGUCUGCAGAAGAUGCCGCUAAAUUGAUGUGUUUGGAAGGAAAGAGACCACCAUUCAAGACAAAAAGCAAACAUUAUCCUCCGGAUCUGAAAGAGUUGAUUGAAGAAUGUUGGGAUCCCGAAACUGUCAUUAGACCGACUUUCUCGGAGAUAAUCAUUCGGUUGGACAAAAUUGUUGCAAACUGCUCCAAACAUGGAGGUUGGAAAGACACCUUUAAGCUCCCAUGGUAUGUUUCUCUUGCUGGGUAUCCAAGGGUACAAUAAAGUAGACUCUUAUUUUUGGGGGGGCUUAUUAAGUUGUACACAAAAUGAACAGACCUGUAAAGAAGAUGCUGACACAUUUUUCACAUUCUGAAAAAAUUCGAAGGCUCUUGAUCUGUUUGUAGAACAAGCUUUUGUUACUGUUAAUAGCCUUAUGCUUAGGUGGUAAAAAAAGGUUCGGAUGAUAGAAAUUGUGGGUUAGCAUAGAAGAAAAAAUCAUCUGCAGAGUUAUCUAUACCCUUUGAUCUCCCCUGCCUUCCACUUGAAUAAUGUUCCGAAGAAUUGUAAGGAAAAUCAAACACAGGUGUGAGUGAGUCAAGUAUUUGAUUACUUGAUGACUGGAGACUGGUUGAAUAUCCAAUAUGACAUGCGAUAGUCAAGCCCAGGCAAAUAGGAUUUUUUAUGUCGAAAGCCCCAAGGCUAGCUAUCUUAUGGCUGGAUACACACUCCCUCUCUCUAUCCUAGGAUAGCAUCCGGCCAGCUCUUAAUAUGGAAACCCUUUGAGCCCAUUUUGCUACUGGGCUGAUAGUGAAGUGUAUAAAACAUCCCCUAGGAUAUGUGGUCUCACCUGACUUAAUAUUGAUGGUGUUAGUAACUUGAUCACGUCCCACCGUUUUUUAAUUCCCGUUGUAUAGGAUUCAUGUCCAACGGAUUGUCAAUCCUGGCUGCAAAAAUUUCUAUACUUGGAAGAUGUGGUCUCCUUAGAUCUGUAGUCCAGUCCUUUGCUCAUAUUCACGCAAACAAACAAGCGUCCAUUUGGAAGGGGUACUGUCUCAUUGUCAAAAGAAUGCUCAUCGCAUUUGCUGAGGCUGCACCAUGCCAUAUACAUAUAACUCAAUCUCAGUUAGAAAGCUUAUCACCAUCUUUCAGAAACAGAUCGUUAAGACAUAGGAAUCACAUGCACUAGUCCGGCUAGAAAAGCCCGGGCCCUCCUGCGAAGCUAGUUGCAUUUUUUAAAAUAUAGUAGUUCUCAAAUCCAACCCCAACUAAACCUGUGUCUCUACUGUGGAUAUGCAGAGGGAUUUUCAGAGGUUAAGGAGGGCAUAAAGAAAAGCAUAAGAUGAUAUUGAAGUGAAUAAACUAAUUUUUUUUUUCUCCUCAAUACUUUUCCUUUCUCGUCUAUCAAUGAUCCAAACACAGCCUUAUUGAUCAAUGAAGAUUCCUCCCAGCUUGAUGGGAACCCAGGCUGUUGGACUCGAUCCUGGGUUCAAGUCCGCAGUCUGCCCUUCUCCCCACACUAAUUACUAACCCCUAAUGCAUUGUUGUGCUUGCCAAUUCAAAAAAGACAAAAUUAACAGUAACAGCAACAACGGGUUCAUGUAGCUAACCUCAAUUGAUUAAGACUUAAGGCUCGGUGGGUUUGGUAGAUUCUUGCGCACUUGCAACGCUAGUUUUAGCUUCUAAAAGUGCGUAAAUAAAUGUUUGAGUUAGAAUUUGUAUAGCACAGCUGCUAGCUUCUUCUAUACGAUUGUAAUGAUAAAUAUAAAUCAAUCUAAAGUUGAAAUUGGUCAGUAAAGCUGCAAGAAUGGGCUUGAUUUGCGAAUUCACGGUAGAUGCGGGGGUUUGGUUGAUGGCAAUCAUCUACUUUAUGAUGAUAGAAAGCAAAGAGGAACAGAGUGGACUUAACUCGUUGGAUAAUGUCUAUAUGCUUUGUUCAUAUACUCUUCCGACUACAGGAAUUAGAAAAAUAAAAUAUAUCGAUCAAAUAUGACAAGAAAUCUUCUGUGGACAGGAAAAAAGAACCCAAAAAAAAGCUAUAAAUUUUUUUUUAUCCAUUAUUUUCUGGUUUCGUUUCUUAUACCUAUCAUUUCCAUGUUGUGCAGGAUAUAACAGGAGGUAUCUAGUUACUCCAGGUACAGGAAAGAAAAA